AACAGAAGCUGGGGUUCCUUUUACACGGCAGCCAUACCUACUAACUCCACGUCCCACAGGAGAAAUGUGAAUCUUAGCGUUCCCAGCUCCUGUGCCAAACUCCGUGGAUCCUCACAGGGGUCUGAAACGCCACAGUAAAGGCCAAGUGUCGAGAAGAGGACAAAUCCAUGAUCUUGGAGAUAGAUAUCGAAGGCUUCAUGGGGACUUUCCCACAUUCCAGACUCCUGCCCUCCAACGAAGCUCUGAGUCACUGAUCAACUGGCAACAUGUGGAAGCCCAGGACAAGUUAGCGUCACUAACCUUCAGUCUUAGCAGCAGCUGAGAACCGGUGUGGCCUGAAACUCAAGCAAGCACUAGAGAAAGCUUCCUCCUCUGUUCAUGGAAAGAGGAAAUGAAAGGAUUUCCAGCCAAUCACAAGGAACUAUCCACUGCUCCAAAGAGCCCACCUUCCUUAUCCAGCAGGCUAUCCUGCCGAGUGACUCCCAUUCUACCCUUCUGCAGGAAACACAGUGUGGCGGUCUAACCAAAAACAUAAAGGCCAACACUCAGAAAAGGAGACCAGGAACAGCGAUUCUAUCAAAAGGCUCCAGUCGAAUUAUGUCAGAAAGCCUGCCUAGACCCCCUGUGAUCCCAUCCCGCAGGCCAGGGUUCCGGAUAUGCUACAUUUGUGGACGAGAAUUUGGGUCCCAGUCACUUGCUAUUCAUGAGCCCCAGUGCUUGGAGAAGUGGCGCAUUGAGAACAGCAAACUACCCAAGCACCUGAGGAGGCCAGAACCCUCCAAACCACAGCCCAUCGGUGGCAGCGACUCAUACAACCUUCAGGCAGCCAACGAGGAGGCAUUUCAGAGUGCGCAGGCUCAGCUGCUCCCCUGUGAAAACUGCGGCCGCACAUUUUUGCCAGAUCGUCUCCUGGUUCACCAGAGAAGUUGCAAGCCAAAGGGUGAGAAUCCUGGCACACCAAACAUGGAUAGUCCUAAUGUUCCUACUGGUCUCAAGAAAGCUUCUAGUGGCAUCCCAGCCCGACCAAGGACUCUCAUCUGUUACAUUUGUGGUAGGGAAUUUGGCACACUGUCCCUUCCUAUCCACGAGCCCAAAUGCUUGGAGAAGUGGAAAAUUGAGAAUGAUCGGCUUCCUAGAGAGCUGCGUCGGCCACUGCCCCAGAAGCCUCAACCCCUUCCAACUGGACAGCCCAGACAAGAGGGGGUGAGUCAAGCCACGCUUGUGCCUUGCCCAAAUUGUGGCCGGACCUUUGCUGUAGACCGCCUACCUGUACACCAGAGAAGUUGUAAAUCUCAACCUAGUGGACCAAAAACUCAAAAUUCGAACCUAGAAAGGAAAGGUGGUCCAAAUGCACUCACUAAUUCCAAGCAACAGAGGAACAUGGAAGCACCCAAUGGGGACAAGGUAACUGUUGUCAUAUAAGAUGAAGGAGGUGGACUGGGGACACACUGCAUCUUCAAAAGGAUGAGAAAACUAUUCCUAGAGCGAGCAACCUCAGCCCCAACGAUGGUUUCUCCCAAAGCCUUACUUGUGUCUCAAAGCAGCCUGUCCAAGUGGAUCUCCUUUUGGACUCCAGGGGCUGUGUUGUGUGUGUAUCUCUUUUUGCAAAGUAGACCUAACAGAAUCCUUGUCUGGUUGGUUAAUAAUCCUCUUCAGUCCUACAGCCUAAUAGAGAUGGACUUUUUUUUCUCUGAUCCCUCAUCCCAGUAAUCCCUGGGAGAGACUGUUACUUAAAAUGAGUCAUUAUGCUGUGUCUACAUUACAGAGAUAUGAUUCCCAUUCCAACAGCCAAUGUUUAUUGCUGGUUUAUUUUAGUCAUCUACCUUAGGAAUUCGGUUUUGGCAAUACUGGGUUAUGCUGAGUUUAUCUUACUAAAAUAGAAUCUGUGUCAAAAACCCCAAAUGACUUUAGCAAUAAUUAAACACUGGAGCACUUGCU